GUCAGAGUUUACAACCAAGUCAGACUCAACUUUACAACACUGACAAGGCUGUGAUUUGCAAUGUGCGCUGUCACUCGUUUUUUUUUAAUGGAAAAAUCGGGAAAAACUUUCGAAGGUAAAUCUGUGCAGUAAUUUGACUUUAGCCAGGUAAACGUUUAACUUUUUUUUAUUUGUGUUUCUUUUUUUUGUGUGGAAAAGUUACAGAUACAGUGGAGUAGAUAUGCGCGUUGUUAUAUUUUACAGUGUGUUCUUCCGAAACAUCAGAAAGAAGUGUACUGUUUGUGGUGAUUGCGAUAGCUAACCCUACUGUUGGGAGAACAUAACUUUACUUUUGGACUCACUUUGAUUUAACUUUCGAUGAUCGAGGUUUCGAGUUUCGCCCUCCGAAAAACUAGAUUUUUGGUUCUUUGAGUUGAAUCUUUUUCUACAUAUUUUUUUUUUCCUUCUCGGGCAAAUACUUUUUGGGAUAGUUUUUGUUGUUGGAAUAAACAUGGAUCCGAGCCAGCACAACCCCCCGGCCGGUCACCAGAUAAUCCACGUCCGGGGAGACUCGGAGACGGAUCUGGAGACCCUUUUCAACGCUGUUAUGAACCCGAAAAAUACCAGCGUCCCCCCCUCCGUCCCAAUGAGGAUGAGAAAGCUUCCAGAUUCCUUCUUCAAACCGCCAGAGCCAAAGUCCCACUCCAGACAAACCAGCACAGACGCAGGUACGGCUGGUGCCAUCGCCCCCCACCACGUGCGUGCCCACUCGUCCCCUGCCUCCCUACAGCUAGGGGCAGUGUCUCCCCUGUUGGGCAUGGUCCCUGCGGGCGCCCCCCCAUCACACCUCCGACAGUCGUCCUAUGAGAUCCCAGAUGACAUGCCCCUGCCCCCGGGCUGGGAGAUGGCCAAGACACCCUCUGGACAGAGAUACUUCCUCAAUGUGAACGUCCCGGUGUUGAACGUCUCGGUGUUGAACGUCUCGGUGUUGAACGUCCCAUGUGAACGUCCUAGUGUGAACGUCCCAGUGUUGAACGUCCCAGUGUUGAACGUCUCGGUGUUCAACGUCCCAUGUGAACGUCCCAGUGUGAACGUCUCAGUGUUGAACGUCUCAGUGUUGAACGUCCCAGUUGUGAACGUCUCAGUGUUGAACGUCUCAGUGUUGAACGUCUCAGUGUUGAACGUCCCAGUAGUGAACGUCCCAGUGUUGAACGUCCCAGUGUUGAACGUCCCAGUGUUGAACGUCCCAGUGUUGAACGUCCCAGUGUUGAACGUCCCAGUGUUGAACGUCCCAGUGUUGAACGUCCCAUGUGAACAUCCCAGUGUGAACGUCUCAGUGUUGAACGUCCCAGUGUUGAACGUCCCAGUUGUGAACGUCCCAGUGUUGAACGUCUCGGUGUUCAACGUCCCAGUUGUGAACGUCCCAGUGUUGAACGUCUCGGUGUUCAACGUCCCAUGUGAACGUCUCGGUGUUCGACGUCCUAGUGUGAACGUCUCGGUGUUCGACGUCCCAUGUGAACGUCCCAGUGUGAACGUCUCAGUGUUGAACGUCUCAGUGUUGAACGUCCCGGUGUUCGACGUCCCAGAGCUGGCUUUGAGGACCCAACUACCAGUCAGUAUGGAGCAGGACGGGGGGACUCCCAACCCCGUGUCGUCCCCUGGGAUGGGUCAGGAUGCCAGAACCAUGGCAACCAACAGCUCCGACCCAUUCCUCAACAGUGGGACCUACCACUCCAGGGACGAGAGCACAGACAGCGGUCUGAGUAUGAGCAGCUACAGUGUCCCCCGGACCCCUGACGACUUCCUCAACAGUGUGGACGAGAUGGACACUGGGGACGCCCUGCCGGUCUCCAUGGGGACGCAGCCCAGCCGUUUCCCUGACUACCUGGACGCCAUCCCGGGGACGGACGUGGACCUGGGCACGCUGGAGAGUGACAACAUGGCCAUGGAGGGGGAGGAGCUUAUGCCUAGUCUCCAGGAAGCCCUUAGCUCCGACAUCCUGAACGAUAUGGAGUCAGUCCUGGCCGCCACAAAGAUCGACAAGGAGAGCUUCCUCACAUGGUUAUAACAUGGUUAUAACAUGGUUAUAACACAUUUAUAGAACAAACUGGACCCUUAUACGGUAUACAGUGGGGGUUGCCAAACUUUUGUUUUCUCUGUAACCCAACUGAAGUGGGUGUUGUGUCGUGACCCACCAACUGAGGUGGGUGUUGUGUCGUGACCCACCAACUGAGGUGGGUGUUGUGACCAACCAUAGGACUUGAACAGUGGAACUACAUAUUCUGACCUACUGGUAUAUAGGAGAGAGGAGAUGAGAGGAGAUGAGAUGAGAGGACAGGAGAGGAGAGGAGAGGAGAGGAGAGGAGAGGAGAGGAGAG